ACGAAGUACAUACGAUUCAGGUUGCAUACCAAAUUCGCAACUCUCAACACGUUUGACCUCGAGCUGGACCUCUCACCAACCAAUCACAUUCUUCAAUCAUAAGCAUCUCUUUUCAGGCUGACAUCUCUAGGUAGCCUAUUCAAUCUUUAAUCUUUAAUCUUCUUCAAACCAAUUUUCGAAAAAGGGAUUAUUCGUUUCCGAACACGUCUCUUUCGCAACAAAAUGUAGCGAUGGCCAUGACUAUGACCGACCUCAGACUAACUCCGAGCAACUCUAAGGCUCGCGACCCUGCUCCUAGUCUAUUCAUACAUCCCUCUCCAGCCGCUUCCCAUGCCUCGCUUCCGGGAAUGCUCACAACGGGCCCACCGUUACCCUCUACUAUUGCCUCAGCUUCCAAUGCCCGCGAAAAUGCCAGCGGCGCAUCGAUGCAACAGUCCCAGGCCCCUCCCUCGCUCGCGCGGACAGGCUCGAUGCUAAACCCCCGGAGCCGCGUAGGCGUCACCCGACUUCAAACCGCAGAAUCUACCCGCACCGUCGAUAGGACCGACGCGCUAUGGGCGGAGAUGCAGGCGACCUUGGAAGAAGUCGAGCUGUCAGCAAGCGGAGGCACACACAUCUUCGGGCCCGAGCACGAUCGCAAGCUUGCCGAGCUGCGCGGGGCCCAGAUCAAGCUGGCGCAAGCUUGGGCGCGAGGGGAAGCCGACGACUCGAUUGAGACUACCGCCGCAAAGAAUGAGGCGCCCAACAUCAUGGAGACAUUGGGCGAGAUAGGCGUUUCUGCCGCUUCCAAGACAGGCCUCGGUCCCACAAGCUCCGCGGGCGCCGGAAAGGGAGGAGCAGAGGGUACAGAAGGUGGUAAAAGCACAGCCGGGACCGGGAGUGCGCGUCCGGGUAGUAGCGGGACGGGUCGCGAACGGUUAGGCGCUAAGAUCGACGAGGAGACAGAAAAGGAUAUUCUACUCGCGAGAAAUAGAAGAGAAGCAAACGAUCGUUAUUUUUCAAAAAUAGACCAGAGUGUCCGGGACGUUGUCGAGAAGCUCGAGGAAGUUGCAGUUGCUAUGAGAGCAGUCGAAGAAGAAACGCGCAACGUUUGGGGUGAGGGUGCCACACCGGAUAAUACGAGGGCUUAAUUGGAGGUGUCGACCCUUUUGUAUUAGCACGGAAGGCAGGGCGUUUAGGGAUUGGAUGGCUGGAAGGCUACGGGCAUAUGAUCACUGGGAAUGGCUUCACUCAUGCAUUCACGGAUCACUAGGCGUUUAAGGAUAUUUUUAAGAGGGACAAAGGAGAUUGUAUUAGCCUGAAGAGGCUGCUAACUCAUCUGCAG